AUGUCACAAACCAAUUAACACUGCAACGGAAUCUCAAUGGGUGCGCCUUGAAGUCACAGCGUUGGCUUCUUCUGAAGAAUGUCACCGACGUGAUUGUUUUGGUGAAGUUGUUGGUUUUGCCAGCGGGUCCGCGCACCACAAAACGGAUUUCGUCAUAAGCUCGGGCGCUCGCCGGUUUUUCCACAUUCCGGCCUCAAAGCGAGCGGCCGGCUGAGCAGCAAACACGAGCAGGACGGAAAUUCGGCCCACUUGUGUUCACUUUAACAACAAAUAUCGACAAACGCUGACUCACCUGAUAACUUAGCUGCAUUUAACAUAUAUUGUACAUAUAAUUGUUACAUGAUAGGCUCCAGCGAGCCGAGUGAGGAGAAGCAGCUCGGAAAAUGGAUGUUACGCUUUGCGUCUUCUUUGCGUUCACGCGGAACAAGACAUACCGGAAACAUUGUCCGGACGUUUUUGUUUUUACAGACGGACCAUCUUCUUGUGUUACACCGAUUCCUGUCCGACGCGAAACAAAUAGUUUCGAUUUGUGAUAAUCGCUGGUGGCGGACAUAUCUUUUUCAUUUAAAAAAAGCAAAUUUUCCAGUCAAACAUUUCAUGGACGAGGAGGAGCACAAAGAUGCCGAAACCGCCGCGCCUUCGGUGAUCGACCGUUACUACACACGAUGGUACAGAGCCGAUAUGAAGGGAAACCCGUAUGAGGACCAUUGCAUCCUUCAGCAUUCCAACAGGAUAUGCAUCAUCACCUUGGCCGAGACUCACCCGCUGCUGGAGAAAGGGCGAACCAUCGUAAAAAUCGACUACCAGAUCAGCAACGGCUGCAGCCGCUUAAACAACAAAGUGUCCGGAAAGUCCAAGCGGGGAGGUCAGUUCCUUACCGAAUUUGCUCCUCUGUGUCGGAUAACGUGCACGGAUGAAAGAGAGUUCACCGUCUACAGCUGCAUCAGGGGACGUCUUCUGGAGGUCAACGAGAACAUUCUGGAAAGGCCGGCCCUCUUACAGGAGAAGCCAUCCACGGACGGUUACAUCGCCGUCAUCCUGCCCAAGUUUGAGGAGAGCAAAAGCAUCACAGAGAACCUUCUGAGUCGGGACGACUUUGAAAAGCUCGUCGCCGGACGAGACGCCGCGCAGGCGACGGCGGUAACGCAACCGUCCUGACGAAGCCUCGCGUGGGGAAAAAAACAAAAAAUGAAAUGUGGAAGAAGUGUUGCUCUGUGCCUGCGGAUUAGCAUACACGCCACGUCUUUGGGUACACUAUGCCGCAGAAUAUUCAGCGCAGGUUGGAGCGUUGACUUAUUAGACAUUUGCAUUUGAUUGGGCGAGUCCACUUUUGGGGGACUAAUGGAAACAGGCAAAAUGACCCAAAACGACAGACGUUUGGGCGUGGGUUCUAGAGACUUUUUUUUGUGUGGGUCUAAUCAUGAUAUGAUGGCAACAGCAAUAUAAAUUGUUAGUUGAGUUUCAUCAAAGUUCGCUGCCGUGGACGUGGUGGAAAAACAAAAAUGCUUCCCGAUGAAGUGUGCAACAUUUCUAGGAGUGUGCUUCUGGAAAUGCUACAAGAUGCUUUAACCCAAAGCGGCAGACUUCCGGAGACACGGCUUCUUACCGAGUUUUGUUCAUGACAGACAUGUUUGCUAAAUGUUCUCGUUUUAUGGCGAGUCAUCCAACUGCGUCACCGCGCUACGCCCACAGGCUAUGACAAAAACUCAAAAUGUCUUGCAAUUCUUUGAGCAGCCAUCUGUUUAGUGUACGUGCUUCCAACUUUGCAGCAGUUGCGAGAAAACAAAUUCUCGGAGCUCUGGGAAUGGUCAAAAAUGACUCCUGAAUGGCCACCUUAGUGUCUUUUCCAUUCUCGUCUACAAAAUUUCAUGUUGCUUAGUUCAACUAUCUUGUAUUGGUUGUAAUACCUAAUGGCGGUUGUAUAGAAUGAAAACAUUUGAGUUUUAAGCCUUAUUUAUGGUUUACUUGAGUUUUGGGUCGAUGGCAAAUCAUGUUUAGUUUUGUAUAUAUGUCACUACAAAACAACCAACGGUGACGUAAUAAAAAAUAGUUUAUUAUUUA